UUUAAUUUCUUCUUCCUCGUAACUCUUCUCUCUCUUAUCUCUCUAUAUGGCAUACACUUGACUUCAUAUAUAUAUCCCAUCCCAUGGCUUGAUCAGAAUUCUGUUUAAUUUCCUCCACCCCACUUCCUUUUUCUGUUACUUGUCUCCCUUUAAUUGCUGUCGUGUUUGUUUUGAAAAUCAAAAUCAACAAAUCGAGAAAAUUGAUCAAUGGAGAAGAGCGGCGCCGCGACAACGGACGGCCGGAUGGAGCUCCCGCCGGGGUUCCGAUUCCAUCCGACGGACGAGGAGCUCAUCACUCACUACCUGGCGAAGAAGGUCCUCAACAAUGGCUUCUCCUCCGUGGCCAUCGGCGAGGUCGACAUGAACAAGAUCGAGCCCUGGGAUCUGCCCUGGAAAGCGAAGGUGGGGGAGAAGGAAUGGUACUUCUUCUGCGUGCGGGACAAGAAGUACCCGACGGGGCUGCGGACGAACAGGGCGACGGCGGCGGGAUACUGGAAGGCGACGGGGAAGGACAAGGAGAUAUUCCGGGGGAAGAUUCUGGUGGGGAUGAAGAAGACGCUGGUGUUCUACCGGGGCAGAGCUCCCAAAGGCGAGAAAUCCAAUUGGGUCUCCCAUGAAUACCGACUCGAAGGCAAGCUCCCGGUCCCGGUCCUCCCAUUGCUCCACCCGGGCUCCUUCUCCAACUCCAAGUCCUCUUCCUCUUCCUCUUCCCGGAACGAUUGGGUGAUCAGUAGAGUGUUUCAAAAGACCACCGGAGGGAAGAAAGUCCACAUAUCGGGCCUCAUGAGGAUGAGCGAUUCCUGCGACAUCCGGUCCGAAUCGUUGCUACUCCCGCCAUUGAUGGAUUCCGGCGCCGGCGCCGGCCACGUGCACUGCUUCUCCAAUGCCGCCAGUCAGAGUCAGGGUCAGAGAAUCCAAGACGAUUUUAUGAACCCAGUUUUCACUAGUUCGUCCCUCAAUUCAUUAUCCGGCGGAUUUCCGUGGGGCUCCGGAAUUGGGCUUCAGUUUCCGGGCCCGGUUCCGCUCCAGGAACCUUCGAUUCUUCGAACGUUGUUGCUCACAAAUUACAACCCAAAUCAGAAUGAGAACGAGCAAUGUAGGAGAGAGAAAAAAGAUAUUAAUGGUGCGGCGGCGGCGAGUACAGAAAACUCGUCGGUAGUGUCGAAUUUAGAGAUGGGAAACAAGACGACGAACACUGCAGUAGGAUUACAAGAUUUCGACUGCAUCUGGAGCUACUAAAUGAGUGAUUUUCUAUUCUUGCAUUGCAUGCUAUAAUUACUUAGAGUUUGUUAUUUAAUGUUAUUUUAUUACAAUGGUUGAAUUAAUUAAUAUAAUCAAUGUCAAGAUGAUUAUUUGAUUGAU